AUGGCACCGCGACGGGGAUCUGGAGGCUACAGCAGCUCCUACUGGAGUUACUCAAAUCCCUGGGCCCAGGAAACGAAAUUUUACAUGGAGAUGUGGCCUUCGAAGACAAUGUUUAUCGCGGACUUUGCCUUCGAUGUCCUCUUUGCACUCGCCCUCAUUGCUUUUCUCACCUGGGCAUGCUUGAUCCGAAACCAUGGCCAAAUGAAGGGGAUAAUACUUGGACUCAUUUUUUGGCUAUUCUCCGAAAUUACCGAUAUCAUCUACGAAAUCUUUUUCUUAGCCGAGGCGGUUGUGACGCAAUACUACAAUAUCGACAUUAUGCUGCAGAUCUUCUUCUCGGUCUUCACCUACUGCAUCAUCGUCUUUGUUUUCUACAACCUGAUCCACCGUAUGCUGAAUCGCCUCACCGAUUCCGGGAAGCCAUAUGCGACAGUGGCUAUCGUUCACUGGAUCAUCCUCGGCAUCGUGACAACCGUCUCUCUCGCUUCCUGGGCCUUGUCUGUAGUUAUCAGAGUCAAGUUUGUUCAGGAUGAGUACUUCAGUGACAUCUCGCGGGACCUGAACAAAGUGGAUUCGGCGCGGGCCAUCAUAUUGUGGCUCAUUUCCCUGGAGAUCUUUGCCUGGACCGUAUUUGUGGCCAUGAAGGCUGGCUCCCACCGAUUUACCUCAAGGUCUCCCGUCUAUGCCCUUCUCGCCGGCAGUAUCUGCUGGUUUGCUUUCUGCCUGAUGUAUGCCGUCAUUUACAUCCGCUACUAUCUCGAGGUCACCUACAUCUACCCCAGCUACUUGAAUCUGGUCACAUCGGUCUUGACCUUUAUCUUUGGCAUCGGUACCCUCGUUGGUAUACUUUUGUGUUGUCAGAAAUGGCGCCAUGUCGAUGAUUCGGCGGACAAAGCGCCAGCGACAAUGCAGUACCCGUAUGCCGGUGCGCCUUACCAGCCUUAUCCAUUACAGCAACAGUGGCAACCGUAUCCUGGCCAGCCGCAGCCUCAAUAUCCUCAGCAGUUCCAGCAGCCUGUACAGGAACAUCAGCAGCAGCCACAGAAGUGA